GGUCUUUUAGGGCAUGUUCUAAUGACUUUGAUAAUGGCAUGUUCCGAUGAGGAGGUUCUUGUGUGUAGUGUUCUUGAGGAUUUGAUUGUUUUAGCUGGUGUAGAGACCGCGUUUUUUGAAGGUAAUAUUGGUGUCGUGUUUGAGUCGAUGGUGAAGUUAGCUGAGUGUUUGAAGUUAGGGGAAAAGUCAAGGCACCUUGCUAUAGAGUUUGUUGUUACUGUAGCUGAGAAUAGGGAGAUUGGGUGUGGGAUGAUAGAGAUUGUACCAAAAGAAGAAGUAACUAAGUUGCUUAAUGUGUUGAUUAAGAUGUUGGUGCAUAUUGAAGAUGACCCUCGUUGGAGAAAUGCAAUUAGUGAUGAUAAAAAUGAAGGGGAGUUGAGUAUGUGCAGUUAUGGUAUGGAGAGUCUAGAGAGGUUAGCAAUUGCAUUAGGGGGAGAUGCAAUUCUGCCUAAUUGCCCUGCGUGCUUGUUCAAGUUUUUGGAUGAAGAAGAUUGGAGAAUUCGUCAUGCUGCCAUUACUGCUAUUGGACUGAUAUCAGAAGGAUGCUCAAAGGCAUUGUUAGUGGAGAUGGUGAAAUUUGGACAGUCUAUUGUGAAUCUAAUGUAUGAUAGCCACCCUCGAGUACGUUGGGCCACAAUUCGUACAAUUGGUCAGCUAUCAACCUAUCUGAGCCCGCGUUUUCAAGAGGAAUAUCUUUGGCAGCUCCUUCCAGCUUUCAUAGAAGUAUUGGAUGAUUUUCAUAAUCCCAGGUUGCAGACACGUGCAGCUUCAGUGAUAUGGUUGUUCAGUCACAAUUGCCGUGCAGAUGACUUGAAACCUUACCUGCACAAAAUAGUGAGUAAAUUAGUCGGGUUUCUACAGAGAGGAAUGACAAUGAGGAAAGAAGCAGCUCUUGAAACUUUAGCCUAUUUAGCUAGUUCAUUGCAGGAAGACUCUGCUUACAUAUAUGAUUCUAUAAUGCCUUAUCUGAAAGUUAUCUUGGAAACUGCUACUAAAGAUACAAGUCGCACGCUACUUGCCAAAUCCAUGGAAUGCAUUACCAGGGUUACAAUGGCUUUUGGAAAUCAAGCAAUCCAUGGUUAUGUUGAAAAGGUCACUGCAGUACUCAUUUCACUGCAAGAAACUCAAACAGAGAUAGAAGAUCCAAUGAGGAAAUUUUCAUUACUGGUAUGUUGAUACAACUUAGAAUGUUGUGCAACUUCCAUUUUCUUUUCAGUUUUUGGCUAAUUUACACUUGAUUCUAUGACAGGCAUACGGUAGACUAUGUAAAUGCUUGG